UGUGUGAGGUGGUGCUGCUGUUUCCACACUGUGGGCAUAAUGGCUCCUCUUUUAGCAGCCAUGUUUUCUUAUGUCUGUCUGUGUCCUCAUCUCUGCCCCCCCCCAGCUGUGGAGUGUCCGGCCCACAGUCACUACAAUGUGUGUGGCUCAGCGUGCCCUCCCAGCUGUGGCCCCCAGCCCGAGGUCUGCCCUGAGGCCUGUGUGGAGGGCUGCUUCUGUGACCCUGGAUACGUGCACAGUGGGAAAGAGUGUGUGAUCAAGGAGAAGGGCUGUGGUUGUAACCACGACGACAGCUAUUACCUGCCAGGUGAGACUUUCUGGGCCGACUCGCUGUGUAACCAGAGGUGUGUGUGUGACGCAGGCACGCAGAAGGUGAAAUGUAAGCAGGCGGGCUGUCGGAAGGGAGAGAAAUGCAGCGUUGUAGACGGCGUCCAAGGCUGCGUCCCCGUGGGCUUCAAGACCUGCAGCACACACGGAGACCCCCACUACACCUCUUUCGAUGGACGCAGGUUCGACUUCCAGGGCAACUGUGUGUACAAGCUGGCUGGUGUGUGUGGAGAUCAGUCAGGCCUGGAGCCCUUUGAGAUAAAGCUGGAGAAUAAUAACCGUGGCAACAAAAGAGUGUCGUAUGCUAAAGUGGUGACUGUUAAAGUCCAUGGCAACACAUACAUACUGUCAGUGGACCUACCAGGCAGAGUACUG